AUGGUGAUUGAUUACAAGCUAACCUAUCCUAGUGGAACUGCCAGCGCUAUGUUGAUAAAUAGCGUCCAUAGCACUACUGGAGUUGAACUUGUGGAAAAACAAGUUAGCUGCCUUGAAAAAUAUUUAAGCAUCAGUUUUCUUUGGAACUGCUUUAAGUGGUUCUGGUGUUGGGGACUCUUGUGGUUUGAUAAUUUCCCUUCCUUGGGACUUGCAGCAUUUAAGAACACGUUUUAUUUUGACUUUAGUCCAACCUAUAUUGGAUGUGGUCUUAUAUGUCCACAUAUUGUUAACUGCUCUGCACUUAUUGGAGCCAUCAUAUCCUGGGGUUUUCUUUGGCCAUAUAUAUCCACAAAAGCUGGGGAGUGGUAUCCAGCUGACCUUGGAAGCAACGACUUCAAAGGUCUCUAUGGGUACAAGGUUUUUGUAUCCAUAUCCUUGAUACUCAGGGAUGGUAUUUAUAACCUCAUGAAAAUCAUUUAUGCUACUAUCAAGGAAACAAUGAAUGCACGAUCACAUCAAGGAAGGCUUCCCCUUGUUUGGGUUCAGGAUGAUAAAAUUUCCAAAUUAUCAGCCCAAGAAAAGCUUCUAAAUGAGGUGUUUGUAAAGGACAAUAUCCCUCCUUGGUUGGCAGGAUCCGGUUACGUGGGCCUUGCAGCAAUUUCAACUGCAACUCUACCAAUGAUGUUCCCACAACUCAAGUGGUACCUUGUCCUCUCUACUUAUCUUGUUGUCCCUCUACUCGCCUUCUGCAACUCAUAUGGCACUGGCCUAACAAACUGGAACCUUGCAUCGACAUAUGGAAAGAUAGGACUUUUCAUUUUUGCCUCAUGGGUUGGCCAUCAUGGUUGUGUGAUCGCUGGCUUAGAAGCUUGUGGUGUUAUGAUGUCCAUAAUAUCCACUGCCAGUGAUCUCAUGCAGGACUUCAAGACUUGUUACCUCACCCUCUCUUCGCCAAGGUCCAUGUUUGUGUCACAGUUGAUUGGGACCGCUCUUGGUUGUGUCAUUGCACCCCUCACCUUUUGGCUUUACUGGAUGGCAUUCGAUAUUGGCAAUCCCGAUGGCAUGUUCAAAGCUCCAUACGCUAUCAUCUACCGUGAGAUGUCAAUCAUGGGUGUCGAAGGAUUCUCAGUGCUACCGCAACAGUGCCUAGCAAUCUGCUCUAUCUUCUUCUUUGUAGCCAUAGCAAUCAACCUCCUGCGAGACGUCACUCCAACAAGGGUGUCAAAUUUCAUCCCACUCCCGAUGGCCAUGGCUGUUCCAUUUUACAUUGGGGCAUACUUUGCGAUUGACAUGUUUGUUGGCACUGUCAUCUUGUUUGUUUGGGAGAGGGUGAACCGUAAGGAGUCCGAGGACUUCGCAGGUGCGGUUGCUUCUGGUUUGAUAUGUGGUGAUGGUAUUUGGAGUGUCCCUUCUUCGAUAUUGUCCAUCAUGAAGAUUGACCCGCCGAUGUGCAUGUACAUCAAGCCAUCCCUUACCUACGGCUGA